UAUUAUUAGUGCUGCUACAGAUUUUGAAAUUUGCAUGAACUAUAUAGAUGAUCUUCUUCUCAUUCAUGUGUGCAGUAAUGUUACAGUAUCUUCAGUACAUCUGAAUAACCUGGAUAUUUGAGUCCCAAUCAGUAAAAUGGCACAUAAUCCAGAUGAAUGCAGUACCAUGGCAGAUAUUUGACAUGGUCUGUUUGGACAGCAGAUAACGUCUCUAUGAUGUAACAGGAGUGCUAGGAGUGAAAAAAGUGACCACAAGAAUGUAAUUUCUUGAAAGGCAGGAGACAACAAUACCUAAUGGAUAUUCAUCAUCUACUUAUCAACACGCACUGACAAUUUUCUCAGUGACCAUGUGCCAUUUAUAUCGGGAGUCUUCAUUUCCUCCUACUUAAUUCUGAUACUAGCUGCCCCCCAGAGGUCACCUCAGAGGUCAUUCAGUCAAAGCAAGAGCGUAAUCAAAUACAGAGCCCUAAAAUAAGCAUUGAGAUUUAAUAUGAAUCUUAAAUACAGAUACACUGUACUGUUAAAUGUAGAUACAGUGUACAGUCCGGCCAAAUGUAUGUGUACACCUGAUCAUCACACUCUGUGCUUCUUUCCCAAACAGUUUGGAAGCACACCACUGUAAAGGAUGUAGUGAACUGUUAACAUUUGCCUUCACUGGAACUAAGAAAUUUGUGCCUCUGUGCAUAAAAUGAAGUCCAUGAAGACAUAGUUUGCUGAGGUUGGUGUGGAAAAACCUUUUGAGCCCUGACCUCAACCCAACUGCACACUUGGGAUAAACUGGAAUGCAGACUGCACCGCAGGCCUCCUCACCCAACCUGACUAAUGCUCUUGGGGCUGAAUGAGCACAAAUCCCCACAGCACUGCUCUAAAAUCUAAUGGAAAGCAUUUUAUUAAAGGCUGUAAGAGGUUGGGACUUUGAGGAACAGAUGAUGCAGCGUGUGCUGUGUCCUGCAGCUGUCCCGCUGCGCUCUGUGUGCCAAGACUUCAACAUGAGGGACCUAAGUGUCGGCACACAGAUCCUUCAUAUAAAGCGCUUUACUGUACGCUGCUUCAGCUCCUCCUGCAUCACCAGGAACUCAGAAUCCCACAAGACACGUGCUGAGGUUCAAACAGCUGCACAGAGGAAGGAGAGAAGCCAGGGAGAGACGGGAGCCUCACCCCAGAGCAACACAGACCUCGAUCCACUGCAGGACAAGUCCAUUGGCCUCUAUCAGAGGUUUAAGAAGACCUUUAAACAGUAUGGCAAAGUGAUGGUGCCGGUGCAUCUCGUCACUUCCACUGUAUGGUUUGGGACGUUUUAUUAUGCUGCCAUGAAAGGUGUGAACUUGGUGCCGUUUCUGGAGUACAUUGGCUUGCCGGACAGGCUGGUGGGCAUUCUGCGAGACUCUCAGGGUGGAUAUGCUCUAACAGCCUACGCAAUGUAUAAGCUCGCUACGCCAGCCAGGUAUACGGUGACGCUUGGCGGCACGUCUCUCUCAGUGCAGUAUCUCCGCAAACACGGCUACUUCUCCACACCUCCUCCGGUUACAGAGUAUCUACAGGACAAAAUGGAAGAGACCAGAGAGAGAAUCUCUGAGAAGAUGGAGGAGACAAAAGAGCGAUUUUCAGAGAAAAUGGAGGAAACUAAAGAGCUCCUGUCAGAACGCAUGGAAGAGACUAAAGAGCGUCUCGCUGAAAAAAUGGAGGAGACGAAAGACAAGCUGGCUGAGAAACUGCAGGAGACCAAAGACAAAGUGGCUUUACGGAAGAAAACGGAUUAACAGUAAAACUCGCAGGGUUGUUAAAAUGCUACAGUCAUUUCUAAACGGUAUAAAUGUGUUACGCUGCAUCUCCAACAUCCUGUAUUAGCACAGAUUGAUUUGAUCCACAGGACCUGAAUCCUCAUUUAUUUUUAACUUUGUUCACUGAGACCUAGAAACCUGAACAUGUAACUGAACAAGGCUGAUUUCUGCUUCUGCGUUUAUGCUCAUAAAUGUGCUUUUAUGAGGACAGAGAAAAGAGGUUCAUCAGAAAAAGCAUAUUAACCUGAAAAUCCUCGCGAGCAGACAAAAAAAAAAAAAAACGGAAUAUAGAGGGAAAACCUGCUCAUGUAAUAAGCAGCACCUCCAUUUCUUUUAACCAACCAAAGAGACUACAUUCACUCAUUCUCAGUUUCUUUUGGCUCACAAGCUCGAGGCUCAUGAAUUCACAGACCAGAAUUUAUCAAGCUGUACUUUUCCUUGUCAUUUUUUAUAUUUCUUUUACCUUUAGUAUGUAUCUAUCAGUGGGGCACGGUAGCUUGAUGGUUAGCAGGUUUGCCUCAUACCUCCUGGGGUUUGGGGGUUUGAUUCCUGCCUCUGCCACGUGUAGAGUUUGCAUGGUCUCCCUGUGCCUCAGGGGUUUCCUCCCGCAGUCCGAAGACAUACAGUGAAGGCUGAUUGGUGUUUCUAAAUUGUCUGUGAAUGUGUGUGCAAUUGUGUCUUGUGAUAGAUGGGCAUCCUGUCCAAGGUAUCACACACACCCUGUGCCCCAAGUCUCCUGGGAUAGACCCAGUAAGAUAAACGGUGUAGAAGAAUCUUUCACAUGACAAGUUCAGGUACAUAUCUGGACCUUUUUAGACAGCCCACCUUAUUCUAAAGGCUGAUUAAAGGUACACCACACAUCAUUCCCAGGUUAAUCAUAUGUACUAAAGGUAUUGAAAGAUGUCCCUGUGACAAGAAAAAGUAGUUCGGUGAGGGUGUAGUUAUUUGACACAAACUGAUUCAUAAUCACUAUUAUAACAUGUGUACUUGAACUUGUGUGGAUUUUAUUUGUUUUUGGUCUGACCACUGCUUUAUCUGAAUAAACAGGAAGAUACUGUCUUCAUUGUAAAACCUAAAUGGCUACUGAGUAGACGUUGACACGUAUGUAGACUUAGAAUUCAGAGUAGUGCACAGGGUUUGGGUUGAAACUUGAUCCAGACUGGAACUAAAGCAAAAUAAGACACUCCAGAGGAGUGAGAUUCUAAAGCACUUGUUUGGCUCAUGGUUCAAACUACAAAACGGUGAACUGACAAGGAAUAAUUGGGAAAUGGUGAAGACGAGAGAUUUCAGUGUAAUAUUCCUUACAAAUCAUCCUCAAGUGCAUUGGAAGCAUACAAACCCUUCAUUUCAUCCAGCACUUUUCUUCUGCUGUGGCACAUGUGAACUCCUCGCUGUAUUAGGAAACCCCUCAGCGGGUGUGCAGACAGCCUUGUUUACACCGUAUUUUAAUCCCGCUCACUUUGUGAAGCCACCUUUCCCUCAGCCCCAGCUUCUUUCAUCCCGCUGUUCAAAGGCAGUUUGUUUACGUCUUCCCCAUUUAUAAGGCAACACGGUGCGUCUACACGGCGGCUCAGAAAAAAAGAAAUAAAACGCUUCCAUGCGAGCAAAGUAGAACAGGUGCGCUUUAUGCGAAAAGGGUUUAGUAGCAGCCGUGUUUAAAACCGAACCUCCCGGGUCUCACUUUCUGUAUCGAAUGUAAUAUCACGAUGGCACAACUGAUGUUUCAAGCUUGAAAUAGCAAUAAUCGUUCUGCAAAAGUUGAAUUUAGUCCAAGAAAUGAUGUGUGAAUAUAUUUCUGCUCAAAGAGCAAAUCACAAUAUUUAAUGAUUAGUUAAAUGUUUGUAAUAGAGGUGUGUGUAGAAGCAAGUAUAAGGGAAUCAUCUAAAGCCAUAAGUGUGUUUGCUUUAUCUGUAUAAUAAAUCAAGGUUUUCACUAUUUUAUGAUCGAGCACACUGAUCGUGUUGGGAAAAAUGACUAACCCCAGUCUUCGAAUAAACUCCUUUUGUUCA